AUGUUCACACCCGUACAUACAUCCCUGGGUGCUUUGCUGCUGUUUCAGAGUUCAUCGGGUCUUCUUCUUCACAAUGGCGCAGUCUUUGGCAUUUCGUCGCUUUUGUCAGGAUCUGUUUUGCGUCCGACCCGGGACAAUGUUCCCAUCAUUGCUGGGUUGUUGUCUAGCGUUAUCCCUAUUUACCUCUUUGUGCCUUCGUUGAUACCGCUGUAUCCGCCGGGGCCGAAUUCCUGGGCAUCGGUGGCCUCUACGCUCGCGACGGGGUUCUUGUUGGGUUGGGGGACAAAGAAUGGUCGAGGGUGUACAUCUGGCCACAUGCUCUGUGGUCUAUCCCGUCUGUCGCCGCGCUCCUUCAUCGCAACAGCUAUCUUCUUUACAUCCGCUCUGCUCACGGCGAAUCUGAUCUCAGGAGGCCAGAACAUCCCUCCUUGUCCGUCUGGGGUGCCCUGUUAUACUCCCGUAUAUCCGUCAACAGCGGAGCUCAUAUUCAUGAUCGGGACUACCGCCCUCACAUUCGUCACCAACUGGUUCGCUGUGCCACAGAAAUUGGAUAGAUCAGAGAAGUCGAGAACACUAUUCUCUUAUCUGGCAGGGCUGCAAUUCGGCAUGGGCCUCUUCUUCUCCGGAAUGGCAAACCCAGCAAAGGUUCUGCGCUUCUUCGCUUUUCCAACCGAUCUAGCCCGUUUCGAUCCUUCAUUGGCUCUUAUAAUUCUCUUCGGGAUCGGACCCUCGCUCAUUACCUUUUUGACCGCGAAGCCGGGACAGAAGACCGACGGAUUGGGUGGCAAACCGACACUGCCCACAUUGGCGGACGGUUGGAGACUCCCAACAGCCACUGUGGCGGACAUUGAUUGGAGAUUUGUCGCCGGUGCAGCAGCGUUUGGUGUCGCCUGGGGGUUACGGGGAGUGUGUCCGGGUCCCGCGGUGCUUCGGGCAGCUCUGCAGCCGGCAUGGGGCGUCGUCGAAAUGACCGGGUACAUGCUAGGAAACCUGGUAUAA